GGCGCGCAAAACAUGAGAUGAAUGUGGAAAAUAUGGAAGUGGAUGAAAAUGCACCGCAACAUUAUGUGCGAACACCAGAGGACGUCAAGGCUAUUGUUAAGCAUGCCAAACUGGAUGAGCGCCAGCUCACGCAAGUAACACAGGCCUUGUAUUAUCCAAGCGCUCAUGUUGUGAGUGACAAUUUGAAGCUGUUGGAGUUGGAUGAACACAUGUUGCAACAGAUUCGAAACGGUCAGACGUUGCACUUUAAAGGCGGCCUGCAUGAGAAAGUUGUGCUCUGCACGGAUGAACGCACCUAUGACGUGAAGGGCGCCGAGAUCUCGAAUAGUUUAUUAUUGGUGCCUGAUUUAAAGUUUGCUGCCGCAACGAGCACUUCGCCACUGAAGAGUCCGCGUACGGGCAAUGCAAAUACGUCGCUGGAGCGCAGCCUCAACGACAGCGCCGAUGAUGAUUUGGAGGUGCCUCGCACUCUCGAACAGCGACAGGUGCUCACAAUAUUCCAUGAAUACUUUGAAUGUCGUGAGAUACGCCCACGAUAUCGCAAACUGGGCGAAUUGCUGCAGCUGACUCGCUAUUCCGGGCCAGAGAACGAAUAUUGCAUUGAGCGCAAGCAUCUGUUCAGCUUCCAACAGCUGCUGAAUACAGUUCAGUGCAGUCGAGCUCAGUUUGUCGAUGGACUGCAGCAGCUUAGGGCAAUCGAGUUCGAUGGCCACAUACGCAUACUCGACUACGAGUAUGAGUAUCGCAUUAUUAGCUUGAUGCUGGGACUGAUUAGUGAGAACUCAUGGGCACUGGAUGAGGUGGAACGUGAAGAGACGAUUUAUGCCCUGCAAGGCAUUGCUCCAGAGCCCGUUGUCGCCGGACUCUUUGAUAUCUACACAGUGCCCAGCGAUCGCUGCCCCGAUAAGUUCAAGUACCAGGAGUCGCUGGUGGCGCGGAUUGUGGCACAGAAUAUUUUGCAGCCAGGACUACGUUUUCGCAGCGAUGAGUUUAUGACCACCUGGCAGGAAGCCUUGCCGGAGGGCAUGAGCUGCAAGAUCGAGUAUCUGCGCGGAUUGGGCAUCUUAGACAAGGAGGGCGCACAGCCCUGCAUUCGCUCCCUGGCUGAGGAGCACCUACCCUCCAAUAUUAUUGAUCGCAUGCGCGUCUUGUUUAAAACAAAACGCAAAUGGACGCUGGACGAGAUGGAGCCUUACAUUGACUGCUUUACCACACCCGCCCUAUCCGUCUCCACCUUGCUAGCCAAGCACGCGCGCUCCCUAACCGAGGGCGGCACACGUUACUUCGUUUCUAAGCAUUGAUUGCAUCCAUGUCAUCAACAUAUAUA